GAUUCUUGCAUUGCUAUCAAUUUUCAUUGCCUUCAAGCUUUGCUGUUCUUCUCAGUAUCGCAUAGGAGAAAGCAGGUUCCAAGCAAUUGAAAAUGGGAAAUCGGAAGACAGAAGAAGAAAGGAUUGAAAGAGUAAUUCGGGGUCUUUUAAAACUUCCUGACAAUCGAAGAUGCAUCAACUGCAAUCUUUUGGGACCACAAUAUGUGUGUACAACUUUCUCGACAUUUGUCUGCACAAAUUGCAGUGGGAUACAUCGAGAGUUUACGCAUAGAGUAAAAUCCGUGUCAAUGGCUAAAUUUACUCCAGAAGAAGUCACAGCCCUUCAAUCAGGUGGCAAUGAGAGAGCAAAGCAGAUUUAUUUUAAAGAAUGGGAUCCUUUGCGUCAUUCUUACCCUGAUUCAAGUAACAUGCACAGACUUCGAGAUUUCAUUAAGCGUGUCUAUGUGGAAAGAAAAUUUUGUGGUGAAAGUUGUAGUAGCAGUCUUCCUAAGAUUAAAAUGAAUGAGAAGGAGGAGUCCUAUGCAAGUAAGAAGAGUAGUACAUUUCGUCUUGAGUUCAGAGGUCUUAAUUCAAGUCCUGGUCCAAGAAAUGAUGACGCGAGUUUCAGAUAUUUAUAUGAUGAAAGCAGAAGUCCUAAAUAUACACAAAAGUAUUCAAGGCAUGGUGGCCAAGCCAGAAGUCCAAUAAAAUUUGAAGUUGUUGAUGACAGGUUAAAAGAUGAGGAGCGUAGAAGUCGCAGGCUUUCAAAUAUAGAAUCAAAGCUAAAAAAUAUUUCAAUUGAUGGUAAGAGGAGUGUGGAAAUAACCCCACUCCCUAUUCCACGUCCUUUGGGAGAUAUAUUAAAAGAGAAUGCUCCAUCUCUACAAGUCACACAUUCUGGUGGUGGGGGUUCUGUUGAGGAAAAUCCAUCCGAACAAAAAGCUAAUAAUCCAGAAAGCAUCAUUGAUCUGAGUACCGAGUCUCAGGAUUCUCAUGCUGCUGUUGGAGUUGGACAAGAAGCACCACAUGCAACACAAUCCAAUGAAAGUAACUGGGCCGUAUUUGAUACUUCAACAGAGAACAAUAAUCCUAAACCUCCAAAUACAAAUACCAUGAAACCUACAACAGAGGCAGCAUCUGAAGCAGCAACACCUGCAAAAAAUCCUAUAGACCUUUUACUUUUUGAAUUAUCAGGCCCCGUGACUCCAGCGACUGGUGGCAUGUCACAAGUCCAAAGUGGUGAUAACAAUGAUCCAAAUCCAGCAACUACAACAGUAGAAAAUGCUAGUAUUUGGGACUUACCAACUACUUCAACAGGGCAGACAACUGCACCACCCAACAAUACUAGUGUUUGGUCAUUUCCACCAACCCCAGCCACUGAGUUAGCACAACCUUCUAAUGAAGUUCCUCCACAUACUGAAGUUUCACAUGCACAUAAACCAUCAAGCAUGCAAUACCUUCCUUCUGUAUCGGCAGGUUGUAGUUCAACCACACAACCAAAUACUGAAGCUUCACAUGCACAUAAACCAUCAAACAUGCAAUAUCUUCCUUCUGUAUCGGCAGGUUGUAGUUCAACCACACAACCAAAUACUGAAGCUUUACAUGCACUUAAAUCAUCAAACAUGCAAUAUUUUCCUUCUGUAUCGGCAGGUUGUAGUUCAACCACACAACCAAAUACCGAAGCUUCAGAUGCACAUAAACCAUUAAACAUGCAAUAUCUUCCUUCUGUAUCGGCAGGUUUUAGUUCAACCACACAACCAACAAAUUCACCACUCAAACAUGUAGCUUCAAAUAAUCAGGCUCCUACUAAAAAUGACUCUUCAUGUGCUGUUGAAUUAUCUUCUCAAACUACCUCAAAACCUACUCAAGAAAUUAUGCUUGACGUUGGCUCCCAUCUCAGUAAAGUAGAAACCGGGUCAAGUGGAAGACAGGCACUUCCAGAGGACCUUUUUACAUCAAGCUUCUUAUCUGGCCCUGCACCACUUGCAAGUUGGAUGAAUGUUCAACCUCAAGGCAUGGGAUAUGGCAUGCAGUAUUAUCAACCUCCCUCAGCCCUUCCUUCUGUACCAAUGACAGCAAACCCCUUUGAAUUAACUGAUGGAAGAAGUCUAAUCCACGCCUCAUCGCUUCCUUGUAUGGCAUCUUUGCAUGGUGUACCGCCAACUGUAUCACCCAGAACAGGAUUAAUUCAUGCUUCAAGCGUUGGGUCUUUGGUGUCUCAGUCCCCAUGUUAUGGAUCCCCAAUUUCUAUGGGUGUGUACAUUGAUCAAAUUAAUAAAGAGGAGCAAUCCACAGGACCACAAAGAACUCAGAGCUUCAACAGUAUGACUGCUUUUGAAUCUCUAGACCCCAUUCAACAGUCGAAUAGGGCAUACACGAACCCCAAAACUGCACAUUGCUUCUCCAACACAAGUGGAAACCCAUUUGACUAGUUUAAAUAACUUUCCUUACUAUGUCCACCACGAAAAUUGGAUCCAGAAUCACUAUGAUCCUGUCAUUACUGUACCAAGUAAAGUUAGUUUAGUUACCUUUGUAAAUUGCAAUGUAAAUAUAAACACAUGGUAUGAACAUAUUCCCCUAGUACAUGCAGAAAAGUUUACGCACAGGUGAAUCUCACAAUGCUUGUAAUCAACUUAUUUAACCAUACAAAGCAAACCUGCAUGAUUGUUACCUGUAUUUAUUGGAAUUACAUGUAAAUUUUUACAUUUCUUUUACAUAACAAUACAAGUAAGAUAUUUUCUUGCUCAUCAUGGGUAGAACUUAGGGAUGGAGAAAUGAAAUGAUAUCUUUAGCUUUAAUUGU